AUGCGGUACCAAAACUGGGAUGUCCUCGUCUUCCCAGACCAAUCCAAGAUCCCUUUGCAAGAGUUCAAAGCCGCUUGCCAGGUGAUUCAAGAUCAAGAAUCCCACUCAUCUCAAACCAACCCACAUCUGCUUCCGACUGUUACUUCGUUCAUCCCAGGUUUAGCUGCAGGCUCUCCCUUCCGCAUCUCUAUACACUCCUGGCAAAAUCCAGAGAUCAGCCGAUAUGUCACUAGCUUACAAAAGCCUUUGGACCAUGUCAUGUUUGAAGCCCGCGUCUUCAUCGAUGGAAGCAUUUCAGGAUCUAAAUGGUUUGAUCAGAAUGGACCUUGGCCUACCAUCAUUGAUAUCAGCAUCGACCUCGACAAACAAGGUGAGUUUGAGAAAUUGAAGUUCCCUACCUUCCAUAAAGAGCUUUUGUCGCAAAGCUAUUGGAAUGCUGGAGAUGAUCUUGGCCGCAUAAAAAUUGUUAUUGCAGAGGGAUUCUCUCGAGACAACCUCACAUAUCCCUUCGAACGUGUCAAGAACAUUGUGUCUUUCUCCUUCCAACAUGCUCCGCUCGACGUACUCGAGACUUCUUCCAUUGCUUGGCCAAAUGAGUCCAUGUGGCGACAGGUAUCACUUGUUGGACCAUAUUAUUCCCAACAAUUCUCUCCAAGAAAGGUAUCCGAUAUCAUCGACGCUCACAGCCACUCUCCACGUCACACAACUAAUCCACGAGAAGCCGGUGGUGCAAGCAAUUCCACCAUUGGCUCCAUGUUCCCUCCUCCGCCAAAUUUUCCCAAACAGACAACCUUUGAUCCUUUCACCGAGCCUGUCCACUCUGCAUUUAUCGGUUGGCGCCAACCAUCUUCAGAUGUCUCCAUGGGAGACUACUCCAACUCAAAUACUCGCGCCAGUGCCAGCCGUAAUGUUUCUGAUCCAAUGAUUCUUACAGAGAAGCAAGAUCGUCGAUUUGAGUCCCUGCAAAUGGCCGGGGCGUACGAAUCAAUCUGCGAGGCUCUUUCUGCGCCUAUGCCUGCUGCUCCUGUCAAUACUCCUCAGAACGGAGCUGGCACCCCACUUUCGGAAUUACCCAAUGCCCACACCUUUCGAGCUAAGACAGCAGGAGCAAGACAGCCAUCAUCGGUAACUGUCAAAUACACGCCACCAGCACCUAAUACAUAUUUAGUGAGACCGACGUCAACUCGAAUCGAAGCUUCGAUCAUAAACAGCGUCAAGAGCAAGCACAAUAAUGUCCAACCACCGCCUCUCGAGUCGACCGUAAACCCUUCGGAAGUUGUUCUCACUCGCAAAGCCUCCCUGCAAAUCGCCACGGAAAAUCACAGUGGCAUCAAAAGACAGCGUGUCAUUACCCCAGCGGCUUCCAAGGUAAUUGAUGAUGAGGAUGAACCACGAUCCUCUCCAUCGAUCAGGAAGGUCUCUGUUAGAGUUGCAAAGCAGGAUUCGAAGGAAGGCGAGAGAAAGAUUCUUGGGGGUAUUGAGAAUGUUUAG